GGCGAGGCGGUAAUCGCUCGUGGGUCCGUCUCCUGUGGCAAGGGGCCGGCCCGGGCAGUGGCCACGGGAGGAUUUGCUUCUGUGCCAGUGAAAGGGAGUUGCUGUUCAUAUUCUAGCCUGGCGUGGGCUUUCCAGACACAGUGUUCCAUCUCUGCCCCCUGGAAUGUGACAGUCAAGCAAUGCAGACAAAGCAGUUUCUUCAAUACGUUGACAGCUGAUGAGCUAUGGAAAGGAGCUUUGGCAGAGACUGGUGUGGGAGUAAAGAAAGGAAGAGGAAAGAGAAGGAAGAAAAAGCUAAGGAAGAAUCUCAAUAAAGGCCAGGAGAUUGGUGAAGGGCGUUCUGGUUUCCUCUGGCCUGGUCUUAAUGCACCUAUGAUACAAAGUGGUAGAGUCCAGGCAAUUACUCAACGAAAAAAAGAAGAACGAGAGAGAAUUCAGUCUGAAAUUGUUCAGCAGAGAGAUACAUGGGAGAAGAAAAGAAAAAUCAAAAUUAAGAGAGAGGGAGGAUGGAGUGGAAAGUGUUGGGGAGGUGUCGUUCUGGAUCCUCCUGACCCAGGUCCUAAUGGAGAAACUUAUGAAGACUUUGAAACAAGAGUCAUUGAGGUGAAAAAUGUGUUUUGUAUGAAGGCAAAGGAAGGCAGAAAAAAAUCAAUACGUGCCUUAGUGGCUAUUGGAAACGGUAAAGGAGCUGCAGGUUUUGCAAUGGGGAAAGCAAGUGACAGGAUGAAUGCUUUACGGAAAGCAAAGAAUAAAGCAAUACGCUGCUUACAUUUUAUAGAGCUGUAUCAGAACCAGACAAUUUACCAUGACAUUACAGUGAAAUUUAAAAGUACAACCAUCCGCAUGAAGAAGCAAAACAAAG